AUGACUCGAAUAUUAUUAUUGGCAGUCCGUGAGGGCGCGUCCACUGCUAUCACAUGCCUUAGCUGUCAUUCACUGUCCACUCUUAUACUCAAUGGUAUGAUCAGUAAAGAGACAAUGGCUCUGGCCUUUCAUGAGGUGUGUCUUAUACUUCAACUCUCGACCCCAAGAGUUUGUGUGGGACUCAUAGAGCAGAUGAAAGAGACGGUUCACUUUAUACGUCAAAACUCAAAACUUAAAGCAACCGAAGUUUGCGGUGUAUUGUUAGGCACUCAAUGUUUUAUCGGCCGAUCGGAGCACUUAUUCUGGAGACUUGAUAUUCCAGAAAAUAGUAAAAACGUCGACAUAUGGUAUUGGACCGGAGAUAUUGUUGCUCACGAUAUUUGGCAAUAUAACCGACAUCGAAAUAUAGCACAUUCGCAUAUAAUUACAAAUUUACUUCAACAUUACAGAAAUGGUAGCCAAAUAGUGCCAGCGAUUGGCAAUCACGAGACCUUUUCCUCCGCCUUCUAUACAAAACUCACAUUCAAUUUCAUGGCUUUACGAAGCUGGUCCCAAUGGUUACCUGAAGACGCUCUUCAAUUAGUUCGCUAUUAUACCCUUGUUAUCAAUCGUGGAUUCCGAGUAAUCGUAUUGAACACUAACUAUUGCGCCCGACUUAACAUCUGGACAUACUAUGACUCAGUAGAUCCGGCGGAUCAACUCAAAUGGCUUAUCAAAGAACUUGUUAUCGCUGAACAAGAAGGAGAUUACGUUCAUAUUGUGGGUCACGUGCCCGUCGAUAACCGAGAGUGUACUCAAGCCUGGGUUUAUAAUUAUUUGGCAAUUGUCGAGAGAUUUAGUCACACCAUAACCGCCCAGUUCUUCGGUCACACACACGCCGACGAGUUUCGAGUUCUUUACUCGAACCACAAUUACUCAAAACCCAUUGGCUUUGAAAUAUUGUCUCCCAGUGUUACCACAUUCCAAACAUUUAACCCGUCGUAUCGUAUUAUAACUGUCACUCAAAAUGAUAUUGUGAUCACGAAUUCGAUGUCUCGAUACGACGACUUUGAAAGUCAGUGUUUGGUUAACGGAAUCGCAUCCAUGAAUGGCAAUCAUUUGGUUCAAUACACAGACAUUAGAUCCGCAGAAAUAGUCGAACUUUGUGUUAUGAAAGAUACGAACUCUUGCUUUUUGGGCCAAUACUCCAGUCAUAAAGAGAUCGUCGAUAUCGAGUACAGGACCCGAAUACCAUACAAGAAUUGA